UGUUUUGAUAACACUCUUCAUUUUUUUACCAAAUAAUAAAAUUUUAAACUAAUAAAGAUAAAUUUUGAACCAAAAAUGAAACAGUAUAAUUUUUAACCAAAAUGAUGGAACUAGGAAGGUAAUUUUCAACACAUUACAUGUUCAGUUACUCAAUUUUUAAUGAAAAAAACAACUGAUUUUCACCAAACUAAUUUAUCUUAAACCAAAGAGAUAAAACUUCAACAAAAAACGUAAAAUAUAAUAGUUGAUAUUUCAACCAAAAUAUAUGUUUAGUUAAAAGCCUUUGAAUUGGACCAAAAAGGACGAAUCUUCAACAAGGCCUGCAAUUUUUCCAAUAAAAAAAUCAGUUAUUCACCAAAAAUAAAACAAAAACAAAUAAAGGACAAAUUUUCAACAAAACAGUUAAAUUUUCAAACAAGAGAAGAAACUUCAACCGAUAAAAUUUUAUAAAAAAAAAACACUUGAAUUCAACCAAAAGAAGAAGAAGCCGACUUUGCUCUAAAACAGUUUGUUUUUUUAAUUUGAAAAUAUGGUUGCUUUUACUUUUCGCUAUAAAAAAUAGAAAGCUUUUGAAAAUAUGUACUUUGAAAUGUUCUUUUAGCAAACAAUAAUGUUUUGUGAAAUUUAAAACUGUGUAAGAAAUACUGACCCUGCUUAAAAUAUUAAUUUUUUUUCUUUUCAAAUAGAAUGACACUUUAACUCUAUUUUAGGAGUAAACUAUAAACUUUGAUUAAUAAUUUGUGUAAAUGAAGCUAUUUUUCACACAAACAUUUUCGCAGAACUCGAGCCUGAACAGAUCGCGUACUAAGUGAGUAGUAAAUUCCCCCAUUUAUUGAACAAAUUCCGAUUUUUAAAUGUUUGAAAAAGAAACGCGGGAGCUGGUGACCAAUAAAAAAACCGCUUUUGCACAUGCGCUUUGAAAAUGAAAGUAGCAGCGUCUUGUGAACUUGUCGUAAACAAAAGUCUAGAACUUGUUUCUUGGUCCACUUUAGUCUUUGUUAUUGUUUUCUUGUUGCGAAGUACUUAUAAUGCGCAGAUUUUAAUCAUCAAAACUGGUGCUCAGAUUAAUAGACUGCUUAUCUUUGUGGAAUAAAGUCGAAUGUCUUACAAUGACUUAUUAUAGUAGUGAAAUGUUAAGAUUAGACAACCUGCCUGAAGAUGUGCUGGAGGAAAUUCUUACUAACCUCUCCUACGACGAAAUUGCGAAAAACAGAAUUGUCUGCAAGCAGUUUGAUCGCAUUUGCAAGAAACUGUUGAAUCGAGGAUUUAAUUUAAUGGAAAAGUAUCACGGACAAUGUUUGCGUUCUGUGAAAAGUCAACUUCCACGCAGAGAAUCAGAAAGAAGAAGUCAUCCUUUGUCGCGGCAUUGCGACAUUUUAACAGCGAUUGAGACCCGAAUUUCGAUGUUGUCCAUGACAUUCAUCAAAUACGUGGAUCUAAAUCUAUGCUGUUUUAUUCCCGGAAAAGUGAUCGAUGAAAUCCUUCGAAUUCUGAAACAAAUUAGCUUCACGACAACGCCGCCUCGGCCCCACGAAAUUCUACAAGAGCUCCGUGACAUUAGUAGCAUGGCAAUGGAGCAUUUCGACGAGAAAAUCUUGCCAGACUUGAAGCACAGUAUCUGUGCAUCAGUGAGCAACGUUAGUUCCUACGAUAUGCCUUCUACAAGUCUGAAAAUCGCACAUCACUCAGGCUCGGGCAGUUCAGUCCUCUCGCACGGUUUCAGCCGCGACAGACUCCAUCAAAUCUUCAAGAAGAUUUACAGUCGCACCCGAAGAAAUAAAACGUCCGUCGUCUCUGUGAAAGGUCAGAUUGGCAAAGUCAAGCAGAGAAUGAAGAGACAGGGUCUGCAGAUACAACUGCAGAGUGCAAAGUUGCAGGAGCAAGCGAAGAAAAUAACCGAACAGGACACCCAAAUUGCAGAAAUGAGGAAACAUCUGGAAGAGUGGGAGCAGAAAAUAGGAGAUCUGACGGCCGAAUUGAGUCGGGCUCGAGAAGAUGACAGCAUUGAUGGCUGCAAGCGAAAGCACAUUGAUGUUAUCGGACGAGAAUCCGAUUCUGGCAAUUCGAAAGAAUUCCAGGCGAAAAAACGGAAAUUGAUCAUCGAGAGGAAAUCUUCGACCGAUGCAAAGGACGUGAAAUUCAAGAUUUUUAUGUCCUCUCUUCUUGCCGAGGAAUCUUCUGACUAAUACAGUUUUCAUAGCAACCUUUUAAUUUACUUCUAUAAGCAAAGUUGCUUUCUAGCUUAUUAUGUAGAUUUCUCAUUUCGAAAGUCAUGUUCUUAAUACUUUAGCCAGGGUGGCGAUUUGGCAGGGAAAUGGCCGAGAAUUCAAUUAAAAAACCGGGAUUAUUACAUUAUUUAAAUAAUUUUGGUCAAUUUAGAAAAAUGAUUUCUACUUUUACCUAUAGUCGUAGGACAAGUAAGUGUGUUUAUUAAGUUAGGGAUUCAUUUACUUAUUUAAAAAUUCAACUACUUGGUUCAAAGUUAAACUCAUUUAUUAAACAUUAAUUUUUUUAUUGAAGAUUC